AUGGCUGUGAUUAAGGUGGUGGGGUACCUGGUAGCGGCGGCGGUAGUGGUAUCGGCCACGUCUCCCCCACAGAGUCCAGCCCCUGCAGCCCUCCUUGACACACCUCUCCUUCAGGAAGAAUCUCACACCUUCGUCCAGACACCUCAACACCCUGACCCUCACCUUCAGUUCAGCUCCGACGAGGCCUACCCAACCAGCCUCGAACAUGGUCAGGCGUUCAGCACACCACCAGGGCAGCACCACGGUCGGGAAUCUGAAGGACAGUCAGGGCAAGACGGAAGAGGGACAGACCUCAAGAACUAUAGAGUACAACAGACUCAAGACCAGACACACGAACAAGGACAGCCGUACAGACAGGAAGCCUUUGGCAGUCAGAUUGAUGGCCAGGGACCCCAGCAGGAAGACCUUCAAGACCAGACUGUAGGAGCAGACACCUUCUCAUCUGGGUCCUUUCAGAGAGGCCAGGCCGAGUACCCGAAGAUCCCUGGUGUCAGCAAGGGAGUGUCUGCUGCAGGUGUUGGGGUGCAGGGAGAGGCCAGCCAGUCCUUCAGGAGGAACUUCCGCGGCGGCGACAGUGACCAGCAACAGGAAGUACCAUCAACACUAUCCAGCAGGCCUCGAGGGGCAGCAGUGUCAAGGGGCAGCCACAAGUACGACGAAGAUGAACAACACGAAGAUGAACAAGACAACCUGAAGAUGGGGAACUACGAGUACUCUUACAACAUCCGCUCUGAGGAGACCGGUGACAUGAAGUUCCACCAGGAGACCCGAGAUGGAGGCAAGGUGGUUGGGGAAUACCGUGUGAAGGAGGCUGACGGUACCAUGCGUGUGGUCAAGUAUUCAGCUGAUAAGGACAACGGCUUCCAGGCUACGGUGGAGUAUGUGUCUGACCACGAGGAACCUGAAUACGGGGCACGGAUGAAAGGGAACAGCCAGAAGGGUCGUCAGGAACAGAGGAACACUUUCGAGUCUUCACGAAAUGGUCAUGGAUCAAGUAGUACACGUUCCAGAAGUCGUUUCCAGAGCUCCAGAACUCCCCAGUAUUCCCAGAACCAGGAUUCCAGAGCGUCUCAGUUCCAGGGCUCUAGAGCCUCUCAGUUCCAGGAUUCCAGACCGUCUCAGUUUCAGGACUCCAGAGCCUCUCAAUUCCAGGACUCCAGAGCCUCUCAAUUCCAAGACUCCAGAGCCUCUCAAUUCCAGGACUCCAGAGCCUCUCAAUUCCAGGACUCCAGAGCUUCUCAGUUCCAGGGGUCUAGAGUUUCACAGUUCCAAGACUCCAGUUCCUCAUCCAGACAAGAUUUUUCUGCCCGGGUACCUUUCUUGCACAGAAACACUGCAGCUGCCCGGUCAUCAGAAGUGAGUGACAGGUCUCAGUUCGCCGCCAUCCCUGGUCAUCAAGACACACCCAGGGUCCCACAAGGAUCCUCAAGGGGCAGCGAGCGGCCUUCUGGGUUUUCUCAAGACUUGCAGAGUUUCCAACAAGAAAAUGCAAAACUUCGUCCGGAUACACAAGAAUUCCGGCAGAGACCUGGAGCCUUUGUUGACAACUUCCCAGAGGCUGAAGGCCAGGCAACUAGCACGAACUUCAAUAACCAACAUCAACAAUCCCUCAAGCAGGAGCAGUCUAGAGGCAGUACUCAACAAGACUUCCAGGGUCAGUUCAAAACUCACGUCAGAGAUAAUUCCCAAACCCAAAAUAGGGAACAAUUUCGAUCACAACACAGAAAUAGGUUCCCAAGUACAAUUAGGAGGCAGCCUCUAACAGAAGCCAAGAAUCAAUUCCAAUCACAGAAAGGAGGUCAGCUGGAUGGUGACAGUAGAGGCCAGUACCAGACUCCAAGGAGCAAGCAGUUCUCCCUGACCCAAGAGAGAAACCGAUUCCGGAUCCAAGACAGUCAGUUCCAGGCCCAAGACAGGAGUAAUUUCCAAGGUCAAGACAGUCGGUUCCAGGCCCAAGACAGGAGUAAUUUCCAAGGUCAAGACAGUCAGUUCCAGGCCCAAGACAGGAUUAAUUUCCAAGGUCAAGACAGUCAGUUCCAGGCCCAAGACAGAAGUAAUUUCCAGGGUCAAGACAGUCAGUUCCAGACUCAAGACACAAGACAGUUCCAGACCCAAGGUGGCAGACAGUUCGACACUCAAGAAGAGAGUCAAAUGUACAGACAAGACAGCCAGCAGGAAGUUCUAGAAGGAAGAAAUCAAUUCCAAACCCUGGAGAGAGAGCAGUUCCAGAGCCAAGACAGGAGGCCCUUCCGAACCCAAGACAACAGGAGAUUCCAAACUGAAGCUGGAUCACAGUACCAAUCUCCAAACAGAGGUCAGUUCUCUAGCCAAAAUAGAGACCUGUAUCUUAACCAAAGAAAUGAACAGUUCCAGUCAAGGGCUCAGGGUCAACUUCAAACCCAAAGUGAUAGCCAGUUGAAGAGUCAGAGGAGGAGGAAAUUUCAAUCGCAGUUAAUUGAUGACUAUGAAACCAGAAGGAGAAAUCCGUCCUUACCGCAAAAUAAAGUUCAGUUGCAGGAUUCACUUCAAGGAACUCGUUUCCAAGGGCAAAAAAAUUACCAAUUUGAUCGUCAACAAACAGCAACAACAGGUGACAAUACUUAUGACAACAAAAGAUAUUCUGAUGAUUCUCUAAGUUCAACCAUUGACCAAAGUGAGUAUCCCACCAGACGUUAUGGAACCGGGAUCCAACGUCAGACUAUCGUUGGUGAUGGUGUAUAUCCAAAGACUAUCGGGAACCAACGGUAUGGUGCAAGAGAUACCGUGAUUCUUGAACCUCAUCCACCACAAAGAAGAAAUUUCGCACCCGUGAAUAGUGAUAAUUCUCGAUCAUCCAAUUAUCACCAGCAGGAUGUACCUCAAAUAGAUUCCAUUGAUCAGAGAGCUCAAGCCCAAACAGAAGCUGACACCCUACAAGAUGGCACUUUCCAGGCGAGUGUGAAAUACUCUGAUCGAUCUUCACAGCACGUACAGACACCAAAACUAAGCCAAACAACCAACUUCCAGAGUCGGCAGCAAUCCACCAACCAGGAACAAGUUGCUCCAAGUGAGAGGUUCCAGGCUUCCAAUUCUUUAAGAGAACGCCACCAAGACGAUCGUAACCAGCCCUUGUCAGUAUCGCCACAGUUUCAGAAUGAAGAUGUGACACAGACCUCACAGAACCCAGCUGCCCCCACCGAAGCCAAAUUUUAUGGCCCUAUCCACGAAGAAGAAACUCCCAGAAGACCUCAGGUUAGCGCUUCAGUCUUACAACGAUCCAACUUCCAGACGGUAGCAGAGCCUCACCCACAAGCCUAGAGUGACAUGUAACAUUAUCCCUAUGUGCAGAACUCACCCUGUCAGUUAGUUCAUUUGUGCAGGAAUUCCUUUUCAUACAUCUUUCCAGUCAAUAAGCAUGGGCCUUUACUUGCAUUCUUUACACAUAGAGCCUUUCUUAACUAUGCACAGAGCCUCUUUUUUAGUAUCCAUAGAGCCUUUCUUUCCCUACAUAGAGCCUCCAGAUCCUCUCAUACAGUCAUUAUACAUACGUCCUCCUUAGUUCUAAACCCAAGAAAUACUUUAAGUCAUUCUAUGUAGAACAGCAGCUUCGGAUUACGCAAUAUAGGGCAUUUCUUUUCAGUCAGUUCGUGUAUAAACUUCCUUCCCAGACAGGCUUCAUAAACUAAUAAAAAAAAUACUGUACAAUUUUACGACAGGAAACAAUAAAUAAUAAGUAUGUAAA